AUGGUUCUCACUGGAAGCUGCAUGUGUGGUGCCAUUCGGUACCAGGCUGAUGUCAAUAAGCCUGAUGUCAAAGCCGUUUGCCAUUGCCGCAACUGCCAGAGAUGGACUGGAGGAUCAUCCACCACCAAUGUGAUCAUUCCUCGGGAAUCGUUCAAACUGGUCAAAGGUGAACCUAAAACAUACCCUUACACUGCGGACUCCACCAAGACCUAUCAUACGUUCUUCUGUGGUACCUGUGGAUCUGGCAUCUACGGCGAGCCUGAUCUAAUGCCUGACAAGCUCUCGAUUAAGGCAGGUUCUCUGGACGAUCCUGAUUUGGGAGGGGAAAUCGAUUAUGAAGUGUAUACUAAGCGUCGCGUCGCCUAUCUGAAGCCUUUGGAGGGUGUCAAGCAGCUCGAUGGCAUGCUUAUGCCCUAG